GCAAUCAUCCAUUUUUGUCAGGCUAUCGACGGAGUGUCACGGAGCCAUGGCGGCUUUUACUGUAGCGAAAUGCAGCAGAUUUCUUUGCAGACUGAGAUCACCCUACAAAAGCCUGGUACCGGUUAAUAACGCAGCUGCCUUUGCGGUGUCACAGCGGGACCUUCAGCGACAUGCACGGUGGUAUAGUAUCAGCCAUCUCUCCGUCGAGGAACGCAUAGACCAGAAACGGAGGGCGGCGCUUAUUGGAGGUGGUCAGAACCGAAUAGAUGCACAACACAAAAGGGGGAAGCUGACUGCCAGAGAGAGGAUUGAACUAUUGCUGGAUCCUGACUCCUUCGUAGAGUAUGACAUGUUUGUGGAACACCGGUGUUCAGAUUUUGGGAUGGAGGCAGAUCACAAUAAGUUUCCUGGUGACAGUGUGGUGACAGGGCAGGGCCGAAUCAAUGGGAGGCUGGUGUACGUCUUCAGCCAGGAUUUCACAGUAUUUGGAGGGAGUCUUUCCGGAGCUCACGCACAGAAGAUCUGCAAGGUCAUGGACCAGGCAAUGCUUGUGGGAGCUCCAGUAAUCGGUCUCAAUGAUUCUGGUGGUGCCCGCAUCCAGGAAGGGGUGGAGUCCCUGGCAGGAUACGCGGACAUCUUCCUGAGGAAUGUGCUGGCCUCAGGGGUGGUCCCACAGAUCUCCCUAGUUAUGGGACCUUGCGCUGGAGGGGCCGUCUACUCCCCUGCCUUAACAGAUUUCACGUUCAUGGUCAAGGACACCUCCUACCUUUUCAUCACUGGACCGGAUGUGGUCAAGUCUGUCACCAACGAGGACGUGACCCAGGAGGAGCUGGGAGGGGCGAAGACCCACACGGCCGUAUCCGGUGUUGCACACAGAGCAUUUGAGAAUGACAUUGAUGCCCUGCUGAACCUCAGAGAAUUUUUCAACUUCCUACCACUCAGUAAUAAGGACCCAGCUCCUGUUACCGAGUGUCAUGACCCCGGUGAUCGCCUGGUACCUGGUUUGGACACUGUUGUCCCUUUGGAGACCACCAAAGCCUAUGACAUGUUGGACAUUAUUCAAGGGAUUGCAGAUGAGCGGGAGUUUUUUGAAAUCAUGCCAAACUACGCCAAGAACAUCGUGGUCGGCUUCGCGAGGAUGAACGGGCGCACUGUGGGGAUUGUGGGAAACCAGCCCAAAGUGGCAUCGGGCUGCCUGGACAUUAAUUCCUCGGUGAAAGGGGCUCGCUUCGUGCGCUUCUGUGACGCCUUCAACAUUCCCAUUAUCACCUUCGUUGACGUUCCCGGAUUUCUGCCAGGGACCUCUCAGGAGUACGGCGGCAUCAUCAGACACGGGGCCAAGCUGCUGUUCGCCUUCGCCGAGGCCACCGUUCCCAAAAUCACCAUCAUCACCAGAAAGGCCUAUGGGGGCGCAUACGACGUGAUGAGCUCCAAGCACCUCAGAGGAGACGUGAACUACGCAUGGCCGUCAGCCGAGGUCGCCGUGAUGGGCGCCAAGGGCGCAGUCCAGAUCAUCUUCAGAGGGAAGGCGAACCAGGCGGAGGCCGAGGCGGAGUACGUCGAGAAGUUUGCGAACCCCUUCCCUGCGGCAGUGCGAGGCUUCGUGGACGACAUCAUCCAGCCUUCCACCACGCGGAAGAGGAUCUGCCGGGACCUUGAAGUCUUGGCCAGCAAGAAGCAGACAAACCCGUGGAAAAAACAUGCCAACAUCCCUCUCUAAAACGGGUCUUCCGGAAGGGUGUUUCAGAAGAGCUCUUGGCGCACUUACCUACUGUAAUAUUUUCAAAAGCUCAAAAUUAAUUUUGGGCACAUGUAGAAUGAUCUGCAGUGACUUUUUUAACAUGAGAGAAUUGCAGCUUUGGCCCCUCUUGUCCCUUAGGGAAAACAUUGCUAACACUGACUGGGUAGCUUGCUGUAUGUCCUCUCAACUGUAAAAUCAUUGGAGUUUAUUAAAUACUUUUUCCGGAG